CAUCAGGGGUGGGCCCGCCCCCCUAAACCCCCCAACCCCUAAACCCCUUAAACCUCCUCCAGGACCGCCCCCCUCCUCUGGACCCCCCCCAUUCCCCUGCUCUGUCUGCUGCUGUUGUAAUCCUGUGACGUCUCUAAUCCAUCUCUACAAAUCAGCGCUCUGUGGCCGGACCCUCACAGACACCGCAGAUCCUGGACCGAACCGGACUUCACACCUGCACAGACUAAAAGAAGCCGAUCUGACGAGCAGAGACAUGGCUGUGGUCAGUGGUACCUACCGUAUGGUGUCGGAGGAGGAACAGGCCCUCAGAGCUAAACUGGAGCGUCUCACCGUAAAGGACCAUGGACCAGUGUUUGGACCCUGUGCCAACCUGCCCGACCACACCAGACAGAAGGCCAAAGACGAACUGAACGAGACAGACGAGAAGCGGGUUUCUGCCGCCAAAGAGCUGAGGGCCAUGAUCAAGGAGAAGGCGGACGGAGGAGACGAGCUGGCCAAAGGGGUCCAGGACACGUUCGGAGACAAGCCAGACGCUCUGAUGGUCCGCUUUAUCCGAGCUAGGAAGUAUGACGUCAACAGAGCCUACGACCUCAUGAAGGGUUACGUGCGCUUCAGGAAGGACUACCCAGAGCUGUUUGAGAACCUGACCCCUGAGGCGGUCCGCAGCACCAUCGAGGCCGGAUACCCUGGAAUCCUGCACAGCAGAGACAAGUACGGCCGCGUGGUCCUGCUGUUCAACAUCGAGAACUGGGACUACGAGGAGAUCACCUUCGACGAGAUCCUGCGGGCCUACUGUGUGAUCCUGGAGAAGCUGCUGGAGAACGAGGAGACUCAGAUCAACGGCUUCUGCAUCAUCGAGAACUUCAAAGGCUUCACAAUGCAGCAGGCGUCAGGAAUCAAACCCACAGAGCUGAAGAAGAUGGUGGACAUGCUGCAGGACUCCUUCCCAGCUCGUUUCAAAGCGGUCCACUUCAUCCACCAGCCGUGGUAUUUCACCACCACAUACAACGUGGUCAAACCCCUGAUGAAGAGCAAACUGUUGGAGAGGGUGUUUGUUCACGGGGAUGAGUUGGAGAACUACUACAAGGAGUUCGACGCUGACAUUCUUCCUGCCGAGUUCGACGGGAAAGCUCCGAAAUACGACGGAAAGGCCAUAGCCGCAAAACUGUUCGACUAAACCCGGUUGAACUCAGCGUCUCCACGUGAAUCCUGACCGACUGGAGCCUCCAGUAGCCCAGAGGUCAAAGGUCACACAGGACCGAAAGGUCGACCGACUGACAGAAACAGAAGCAACAGGUUCAUUUAUGAUAAAAAACACAGGGUUUCCAUUCAUAAACUCAGAC